GGGAGGAAGGGGUGACACGUCCAGCCGGGCGGAGCCUAGUGAGUGUGUACGUAGACAAGUCUGCUCGGAGCCCGCAGUUUCGCCAGUCCGUCUGCCGCAGUUCCGCCGUCUCAAUCUACGCCGCCGCGCCUGUGAAGACACCGAUCCGCCUCUCUCACCAUGGUCGCCAAGCAGAGGAUCCGCAUGGCGAACGAGAAGCACAGCAAGAACAUCACCCAGAGAGGAAACGUGGCCAAGUCGACGAGAAACCUGGGCGAGGAGAAGGGGGUCGGGCCGUGGCUGCUGGCCCUGUUCGUCUUCGUGGUUUGUGGCUCAGCUAUUUUCCAAAUCAUCCAGAGCAUCAGGAUGGGCAUGUAGAGUGAUGAUGUCACGGCCAGGGGCGGAGCCAAGAUGACAGGCAGCCCACAACACGGGAAUGUCCCUCAUCGAGUCUCCGAUCUUUACCGAGAAACUUAACCAACAUUACCCUACGUUUUUACACACACACACACACACACACACACAGCCAGCUUCAGUGACUCCCCAUCAUAGACUCAAGUGUCCACAGCCACGGGGAGAUUCCCCCAUUUUCUUUCUCUCUCUCUCUGCCACUCUUGUGUGUGUGUGUGUGUGUGUGAGCAAAGUCUCUAUCCAUCACCACUGUCUGCCUGCCAAGCAGUCAUCCUCCCUUUUUUCCAUCCUUUUUCCUAUCAACCUCUCAUUAUGUUGAUUUAGUACUAGUUGUCAGUUUUUGGAGGUAGUGUCCCUGUGGUUCUCCAGUACCUUUUGGCUGAAAAAUGAACCAGAGAACCACAGAGGUGUGUCUAAACGGGACGGCCCUCCUUCCCCUUCUGGUCAUUUACGAUACAUCGAACAACUGCUCUCCUUUGUAUGUAGACCAUACGGCAGACAUAUUGACAACAAUGAGCCAUAGAGAGCAGCGACUAUACGGUUUUCCCUGUGAACGGUCACAGUUUCUCCUUCAGUUAAAGUGGAUCAGUGAGGGUUUAGCAGGAAGUUCUGCUCAUCUUGGCACAUGGUAGUCCAUGUCUGCCUUGCUCAUUUCUCAGAGUGAAAACGCUGACAUAAGGGGGACGCCUGAGUUUCAGUGAUUGUGUACCCGUUCCUACAGGAGGACACAGUGUUUUCAGGGAGGAGUGUACUAGGGAGCUCUUCAGAAAAGAGAAGGACCCUCCUCACGUCUGAGCUCAUGGUGGCUACGUUGACAUUUCACAUUACGUUCCACUCAGUUACUGAGUGUGAUUAGCAAAAGGUGAGCUGUGCAACUUGUCAAGCGACACGUGUGAUCCUAAACCUGAGGACAUUUGUAGACACACUCUGUGACAAUAGUAACAUCUUGUCUUUGGAACUGAGCUUCGAAUGUGACAAUAAUAACCAGAGAAAAACGUAUGAGCAUGUAGACCAACCCACAACUAUUCAGGUACUCAGUGACUUACAUUCCAGAAGUUGUUUGCUAUCUCUAAAUGGUUGUAAAAACCCAGUAUCUGGUGUCUUUAUACCCUUUCUACUCUGUUUUCUGUAUCUUCCUGUAUCUUGCCCAGCAGAAGGAAAUGAAGGUCUUUUGAAUCAGAAGAUUUGAAAGUAGUAAGGUCUGGCUGCACUGUGUGUGGCCUUCGCCUGUAAGAGAUGAACUAUUUCUGUCAAAAAAAAUAUUUGUUUCGAUAAUAAAGAUUCAGUUUUGAAGAUGGAAA